AUGGCGGACGACGGCGAGUGCCUCGUGAGCGAGGCGUUUACGGAGAGCGAGGCCGAGACCGACGACGAGCAGAUCCAGACGGUCGUGACCAUGGAGGACCUGGACUCGCCGCCUGGUGCUCUUUCUGAGGCGCAGCGCUCCGCUCUACAGACGACGCUGGGCGUAGCUUCAACUGCCGCGAACCUCGUGCUGCUCCCGUACGUGGUGGCGGGCAAGGCGGCCGUGCAGGCCACGACCAUGGCGGUCUCCGCGCCCAUCCACAUCACCAACCACGUACGCGCCAGCAUCGCGCAGUCCUGGGGUCGUGCGGACCAUGGACACGAGCACAAAGAGGACGCGGAUCUCUUCGGAGAACACACGAGCUCCACCAGCGACCUCAGCAGCAGCAGCAGCGGCAAUGAACAGGUGAUGGAGGUGUUCCCAGCUGAAGACAAGGAACCAGCAACAGCAGAGACGGCAGAGCACCAGAGCGGCGUGGUGUCGCAGUUGCUGUUCCUGCCGGUGCGGCUGGUGCACAGCGGCGUGUCCUCAGCCGUGGCGAUCCCCACGCGCGUGGCAACUUACAGCGGCCGGAAGAUUUCUGGCGCUGUGUCGACGUCCCAUGCAUUGGCCACGUCGGCGGUGGUGGCGACCACGGGGGUCGUGGCGAGAACGGGAAUGCAUGUGGCCAGAGGCAUCACACACGGAGCGGUGUCCACGGCAUCGUUCACGGCGUCGACUAUUUCUGGAGCUGUAGGAGCUUCCGUGAGGACGGUAAGCUACGUGAUCCCGCCAUCAGUGUCGAACGCUGUGUGGCAGGGCAUGGACGUCACCGGCAAUGCGUCUGUGAGCGUGUUGAGUCAUGCUAUUGCAGUGCCGUCCUACCGGAUGCUGAAGGCGCUGGUGCCUGCAGUGCAGCAGUGCUUCUCUGAGGAGGAUGCUGUCAAUGAAACCCGUGCAGCUGUGAAGAUGCUGGUGAAGCUGUUGGGGCCGCAGAAUGCGUUCUACCUGCUCAAGUGGGCCUACGAAACUGUCAACAGCGAAGAAGUACACGACGGGUUCUUGCUCUGUCGAGAUGUCCUUCAUGAAUCGAUGGAUAAAGAGAACUACCGCCACGCUGGGGAGUCCGUGGGUGCAGCUACGGGCAUUACCAAGGUGGUGCACGUGAUGAAGGAGGCGUACAGCGUGCUACCGUCGUUCGACGAGCUGCUGGAUGCCGCUGCACUCGUUGCAGACGUGUCUGAUGAAGUGGCCGAUGGUGUCUCGCACGCCGUAACUGGGAAAGGGCCCUCGGACGCUGGAGAUUCGGAAGGAGAAGAUGACAGCCCACGGUUCGAGCUUGUUGAAGCCGAGGAGGAGGCUUCGACGCAUAGCCCCGUGGUACUCGCGGAGGAGACGUUCGAGCGCGAAAGAAGCAGCAGUUCGUCCUCGGACGAGGAGCUCAACCCCUUUCUCACCUCAUUAACUCGAGUGUGUGAUAGUGAAGAGGCUGCUUCGCUCUUCAACGCCUUCGGAGAUUUCCUGGACGUGCUCGUGGACUAA